UGUGAAAGUUACGCUUUUAUUUUGAAGGAAACGGGCCGGAAGUGUGCGGCUCGAGAUAACGAGGGAUUCUGAGCUACAAAACUACCAUCACUUUUUUGUUGCUCGUUUCUCUCAGAAUAACAUACAAUUUUAAGCCUUUUGGUAAACUAGAUUGUUGACGGUGUGCUACAAUGAUAAUCCCUGUCAGGUGCUUCACGUGUGGGAAGAUCGUGGGAAACAAAUGGGAGGCAUACCUCGGCCUACUUCAAGCAGAGUAUACUGAGGGUGAUGCUCUUGAUGCCCUGGGCCUGAAGAGAUACUGUUGUCGGCGGAUGCUCUUGUCUCAUGUGGAUCUUAUUGAGAAGUUGUUGAAUUAUGCCCCUCUGGAGAAGUGAUUGCAACUGGCAAACUUCAAGCACAUCAUGGACUUUCUAGGGCUGUUGCAUGGACAGAUUGAAUGUCCAUGCAACAGCAUUGUUAUUAUAUUGACGUGACCACAGACUACAGUGAAGAUAGAACAUUUUAUUUUCGGUUUAAUGCAUUUUUUUCUAAAUAAAGCUGUUUAAUGACACUGUCA